GGGGGAGAAAGGCAAUCUCGCAGCCAAUGAGCCCUGCUAGACUGGGGUGAAGACGAGAGCAGAGGGAUUUGGGGAAGGAAAGAAUAGAAAAAGGAGACGAAAGGAGGGGGACCAUCCUCCCUACCACCUCCGCCAGCAUCGCCACCACUGUUGACACCGCUCCGAGUCUCCAGUUGCGCCCAUGCCUGUGCCGCCAGUUUCGGUUUAGGGGCUGAACCGCAGGGGCUGAAGAAAAUGGGGCAGAGCGCGCCCCGGACCCUCCUGCUGCUGCUGGCGGGGCUGCUGGGGGAGGCUCUGGCGGGGUUCCCCAACACCAUCAGUAUAGGUGGACUUUUCAUGAGAAACACUGUUCAGGAGCACAGUGCAUUUAGAUUUGCUGUGCAGCUAUACAACACAAACCAAAAUACCACAGAAAAGCCCUUCCAUUUGAACUAUCACGUAGAUCACUUGGACUCUUCCAACAGUUUUUCAGUGACAAAUGCCUUCUGUUCACAGUUUUCCAGGGGAGUUUAUGCCAUCUUUGGAUUCUAUGACCAGAUGUCAAUGAACACCCUGACAUCAUUCUGUGGAGCCCUUCAUACGUCCUUCAUCACACCGAGCUUCCCAACAGAUGCAGAUGUGCAGUUUGUCAUCCAGAUGCGGCCAGCAUUAAAAGGAGCCAUCUUGAGUCUCUUGACUUACUAUAAGUGGGAAAAGUUUGUGUACCUCUAUGACACAGAACGGGGAUUUUCCAUUCUUCAGGCAAUUAUGGAAGCUGCAGUACAGAACAACUGGCAAGUGACAGCCAGAUCUGUAGGAAGCAUAAAAGAUGUUCAAGAGUUCAGAAGAAUUAUAGAGGAGAUGGACAGACGGCAAGAAAAAAGAUACUUAAUUGACUGUGAAGUAGACAGAAUCAACACCAUUUUGGAACAGGUUGUAGUCCUCGGCAAACAUUCUAGAGGCUAUCACUACAUGUUAGCUAACCUGGGUUUCGCAGACAUUGUUCUGGAGAGAGUAAUGCAUGGAGGUGCCAACAUUACUGGAUUCCAGAUUGUUAAUAAUGAAAACCCAAUGGUUCAACAGUUUCUACAGCGUUGGAUGAGGCUUGAUGAAAGGGAAUUCCCUGAAGCCAAAAACUCACCAUUAAAGUACACGUCUGCACUGACCCAUGAUGCAGUCCUGGUCAUAGCAGAGGCUUUCCGGUACCUCCGAAGGCAACGUGUUGAUGUCUCCAGGAGAGGCAGUGCUGGAGACUGCCUGGCUAACCCUGCAGUGCCAUGGAGCCAAGGAAUUGAUAUAGAAAGAGCACUUAAAAUGGUGCAAGUUCAAGGAAUGACAGGGAACAUCCAGUUCGACACCUAUGGGCGGAGAACAAAUUACACAAUUGAUGUGUAUGAAAUGAAAGCUGCUGGAUCACGGAAGGCUGGUUAUUGGAAUGAAUAUGAAAGAUAUGUACCAGCAUUAGAUCAGCUGCCCUCUAAUGACACUUCAUCUGUGGAGAACAGAACUAUAGUAGUAACUACCAUCUUGGAAUCACCAUAUGUAAUGUAUAAGAAAAACCAUGAACAACUAGAAGGGAAUGAGAGAUAUGAAGGAUAUUGUGUAGACUUAGCUUCUGAAAUAGCAAAACAUGUUGGAAUAAAAUACAAACUGUCAAUUGUUGGAGAUGGGAAAUAUGGAGCUAGGGACCCUGAGACUAAGAUAUGGAAUGGCAUGGUGGGUGAACUGGUCUAUGGGAGAGCAGAUAUAGCUGUUGCCCCCCUCACCAUAACAUUGGUGCGAGAAGAAGUCAUAGACUUUUCCAAACCCUUUAUGAGCCUGGGUAUCUCCAUCAUGAUCAAGAAGCCUCAGAAAUCUAAACCGGGCGUAUUCUCUUUCCUGGAUCCUUUGGCUUAUGAAAUUUGGAUGUGUAUAGUCUUUGCUUACAUUGGCGUCAGCGUAGUUCUUUUCCUAGUCAGCAGAUUCAGCCCUUAUGAGUGGCACUUGGAAGACAACACUGAAGAACCACGUGACCCUCAGAAUCCUCCUGACCCUCCAAAUGAGUUUGGAAUAUUUAACAGCCUUUGGUUUUCCCUGGGUGCCUUUAUGCAGCAAGGAUGCGAUAUUUCUCCAAGAUCUCUCUCAGGGCGAAUUGUUGGAGGAGUCUGGUGGUUCUUCACUCUCAUCAUUAUCUCUUCCUACACUGCUAAUCUCGCUGCCUUCCUUACGGUGGAAAGGAUGGUUUCACCCAUAGAGAGUGCAGAGGACCUGGCUAAACAAACUGAAAUAGCCUAUGGCACUUUGGAUUCAGGCUCAACCAAAGAAUUCUUUAGAAGGUCAAAAAUAGCUGUCUAUGAGAAAAUGUGGUCAUACAUGAAGUCGGCCGAGCCCUCGGUGUUCACCAAGACGACAGCGGAUGGAGUGGCGAGGGUGCGGAAGUCCAAGGGGAAAUUUGCCUUCCUGCUGGAGUCCACGAUGAAUGAGUACAUCGAGCAGCGCAAGCCCUGUGACACCAUGAAAGUUGGAGGAAACCUGGAUUCCAAGGGCUAUGGUGUAGCAACCCCCAAAGGCUCAGCAUUAAGAAAUGCUGUUAACCUGGCAGUAUUAAAACUGAAUGAGCAAGGCCUCUUGGACAAAUUGAAAAACAAAUGGUGGUACGACAAAGGAGAGUGCGGCAGCGGGGGAGGUGACUCCAAGAACUCCUGUAAACCUUGCAGUAUUGAAACUCAGUGAACAAGGCAUCUUAGACAAGCUGAAAAACAAAUGGUGGUACGAUAAGGGUGAAUGUGGAGCCAAGGACUCCGGAAGUAAGGUCAGUCACUGAAGGUCUUUUUGUACUGAUUAGCAAUCACAUUUUGACCCACUGUUUGUUUAUACCAAGAAUGACUUUCAAAAAUUGCUAUUUACAUUUUGAAGGAUGAAAGAAAAGAAUAGAAAAAAAUAAGUAAGUCUCAGAACAUGACAGCAUAUUUCUUAUAUACAGUAACAGGCUGUAGUUGUAAGUAUGUUUCACUGUGUGAGUAUUUUGCUAGAAACAUGCUAAGAGAAGCCCCCAAAGCCUUUCAAGCUGGUGUCUUCAUUUAAAUGUGCAAGUUUUAGCACAGUCACUGUCUAUUAUUCAGGCCAGCAUAUUUUCUUAUUUUUAUUGAAAAAACACAUUUCUGUUUCAAAAUUAUUACUUAGGUUCUCUACAUGUCAGUUUGGGAAACAGUCACAUGCUUGCUAAGGGCACAAAUUUUCAGGACAGACAGCUGAUAAGGAAAAAGUGCUCUUCCUGCCUUAAUUGCCAAUUCAUUUUGAAAUUGGUUGGAUAAAAAAAAAAAUAUCUAGAAAUACUAAUGGUUAAUCAUUACCUAAAUAUUGUAUAUUCCUUUUUAUACUGUUUUGAACCAUUUUGCUGCUGUACUAUCCUGUCGUCAACCAGUCAUGCUAUGGGGCUGCCCAGCCUCAUGCAGGACCACUGUAGACCCUAGGACAGGUCCCACCCCUGAGGUCAAUUGGCCCAGUAGCUGGACACUUAAAUUGUAGGGAAUAUUUAUUUACACCAUUCAGUCAAAAGGAGGAUUUUUAUUUUUUUUUUAUGCUCAUAGACCCACUGGGGAGAAAAACUCUGUAAAGUGCUGGGCUUGUUGAAGUGAAGGACAUUUUCAAAGGCACCAAGAGGAGGAGGAAUCCAGUUCCAGCUGAAAUCGGUCGCAGUUGAGUGCCUAACUCCCUUGGUGCCUUUGGAAGUACUCUCUGUAAUCAUUCAAACAGAAAACUAUAAUUUCAAAGCACCCUUUCAGUGUCGGAGGACAUCAAGUUUCAGUGAAGCCAGUAAUAAAAUUUCAUUGAUUUCAGUAGGGCUGGAAGUUGCUUAGGGCACAAGCCAGUA